AUGUCGUGUGCGCCGACCGAGGCGCAGGUCGUUGAGGCUGCGCGGCCCUGGAUCGAGCGGCCCGAGCCGCUGGGCCUUGCCAAGCUGCUGACGACACUGCAGAGCGAGCAUGGAUGGACACUGAGCGAGAAGCGGCUCAAGAAGAUCCUCAUUGCGUCCGGCCUGCGCGACGGCCCACGCAAGCCGUGGGUGCCCGUGUCGUCUCUGGACGACUCUGUGCCGCUGCCGGACGGCGUCGAGGCCGUGUAUCUCGACGCCGUCAAGGGCCGCGGGCUCGUUGCCACGCGCGCGUUUGCCGAGGGCCAGACGCUGUUUGUGGAAGACGCCUACGUCGCUGCGCCGCCGCCCAGCGAGGUCAGCAAGAUGCUGGCCGGGCAGAUCUGCACGCAGUGCUUCCUGCCGACCGCUGGGAGCAUGCUGUCCGUGUCGUGCGCGCAUCCCCGCUGCCACGCGGCGUUCUGCCACCGCCAGUGCCAGGCCAAGGCGCAGGCCUCGCACCAUGCGCUGCUGUGCCCCGGCGCGCAGCCCGCGGCCGCGGCCCUCUUUGCAUUUCUCGAGCAGUACCAGUGGCACUCGCUGCACACGGUCGCGCGGUGCCUCGCGCGUGUGCUGCUCACGGGCGCCGCGCAAAAGCCGCCGUCCGUGUCGCCGACGACGGGGGCGACCGUGCAGGGCCUGCCGUCGAAGGACGCCCCUGCGACGCUCGACGAGGUCCUGCGCCACCUCGACUCGUUCGCGACGGUAUCGGAGCUCGAGCGCCGCGCACGCAACCCCGGCUGGGAGCUCGAGCGCGCAGGCUUCAUGCCUGCGCUCCAGCGCGCCCACUCCCUGCUGGUCGACGCGCUCGAUCCCCGCCGGUCGCGCCCGGUCCGGUUCCCUGUGCCGGCGGACGCGCACCCUGCGGCGACGCUCGACCGCCUCUUCUCCUGGGACACGUUCCUGGCCCAUCUGAACCACGACUGCACACCCAACGUAUCGAUCCGCCACAUGCCCGGGCGCGGCGGCGUGCGUCCCGCGACGCGCAUCACGGCGCGCGCCGUGCGUGCGAUCCAGCCGGGCGAGGAGCUGCUGAUCAGCUAUGUGGACCCGUCGCUGCCGGCCGAGCGCCGCCGCCUCCUGCUGUGGCGCGACUACUGCUUCGGGCCGUGCGCAUGCGAGCGCUGCGCCAGCGAGCAGCAGGACGCGCCGGGCGCAGCGGACGGCUUUGACGCGGAAAAAGCCUCGAAGCUCGCCCGCAGCAUGCCGGCCCCCGAGGCCGUGGAAGCGGCGGCGCUGGAGCAGGAGCUGCGCGCGUCGCUCGGCUUCUGA